AAAAUGUCUUCUUAGAGUAUACAUUUCUGUAGUUUAUCAUUUAUGAUAUUUGUUCAGAAUAAGGAUAAUAUUUUGGAAGAGAUUCUCAAUAUAUUCGACAUUUGUAUGAGGUUGACACACACAAAGAAAAGAAGAGCAUGACCUUCCAACAAGUCCGUUUUGGAUUUUGCUAACCUGGGCUCACUCACGUGCCUUUUUCCUAAUAACCGGCGGAUAAACGUAAUGGAUUGUGACGUUUAAUUUUCAAAUAUGACGUAACGCACAAUACAAUUUAUAAAAGAAUACGACAGAGGCAUCUCUUCAGCAAAGGUAUUUCCAAUAAUACCUCAGAGUUUAAAAAGUAGGAAACACACGAAGAAAUCGUUCUGAGUUGCAGCCAGUGAAUUGGAAAUUCCACGCUCCCCUUACAUCAUUGAUGGAUAUGACCACACCACUGCGAGGGGGAAAAUGGUUUCUCUUUGGUUUGCUUCUGGUGAUAUUCAUAUCUACGGGAUUUGCUGAAGAAGAUGGCAAAACCAACACAACUUCCAAGGGAUUUCCAAGUAUUAAGUCAAUGGCAAAAUCUUUCUCUAACACUGUCGACUCUUUCUUCAAGAAAACAGUAUCAAUAUUCAAAGGAUCUCCACAUCAAAACAAUACAGAGAGUACAACUAUCAGUCCUUCCAACGAAAUAAAGAAUACCACAAUGGCCAUAAAGCCCGUGUCCCCCGAAAAUCGAACACUUCCCGGAAAGAUCGAGGAGAAGCCGGAUAAAGUGGCAGACGACAAGUCGGUGGCAGACAACAAGUCGAGUGUGGAUGAUGGAAAUUCGACUACUGUUCCCUAGACCACAAGCCAAGGAUCCACAUCUUAGCGUUGACUGUUUAUAAUGGACCAACUUGGUGUUUAAUGCUGUAUAAAAUGAAUUUUUGGGGGGCAUUUUUCAUUGCAAGCUAUUUUCCUUUCAAAAUUCUAAAUAUCAAUUCUUUUAGGUGAAAAUAUUUUUGGAAAAUUCAUUUACUAUAGUAAUCAUAUUUCAAGUCGAAAUUGUAACAAAACUGAAACAAUAAAAAAAAAAAGAAAUCCCGGAAAUGGAUCUCUUUCUGUGUUUUGUAGGAAAUAUAUUAAAAUGAAAUAAUACAAAUAAAAGAGAGGUAGAGGUGUAUCUCGCGGUUAAUAUUUUUACAGCGAGCAAGAGACAUAUUGCGUUUUAAAUCUCGAUGAAAGAUAAUUGUGAUAUUCAAACUGAAAAGACAACUAUAUUAACUUUUCCGGACGUUAAAGCUAUUCUAGUACACGCCAUUUUUAAUGGCAUACAUGUACAUAGCUUUAAAUAGAGGAGCAUCAGGACUGGU